AUGGAAUUUUUCGAAACUGCCUGAAUUCGCAUAACGGACUCACUGUCUCUCUCUCUCUCUAAUUUUUCUCAACGAUUAACGGCUGUCGGUUUUGCAGUCAGUGAUUUUUUUUCUUUCGUUUCAACGAAUGAUCAAUUGCGAAAAAAUUUAGUGCAAUUUUUUCAUGUGAAAAUUAAAUAAAAAAAAUUUAAAAUAUUUUAUGGUGAAAAUUUUCAAGUUUUUUCUCAACUCGCAAGAAAAUCAAAAUUAUGUGAUUGAAUCUCGUUUUGAAAACAGUGAUUUUGUUCAUUUGUGAAAUAGAAAAAAAAAAAGAGAAAAAAAAGAUAUGAAGUAUUUGCAAAGUUUUAACCAGCUUUUGCUAAUAAAAAUGUUCCUGCAGUUUUUUGUUGGCUUUUCGUUAGUGAAAUUCGCCAUCAGCUUUCAACCCGAGUUCGCCGAGCCCAUUGUAAAUAUUUCUGUAGCCGUUGGCAGAGAUGCGACGUUCACUUGUCACGUACGUCAUUUAGGUGGAUAUCGAGUGGGUUGGGUAAAGGCUGAUACCAAGGCAAUUCAAGCAAUUCACGAGCAUGUCAUCACACACAAUCCACGCGUCUCCGUGUCUCACUCCGAUUUGAAUACGUGGAAUUUGCACAUAAAAUCAGUGACGGAAGAUGAUCGCGGCGGUUACAUGUGCCAACUGAAUACGGAUCCCAUGAAAAGUCAGAUUGGUUACUUGGAUGUAGUCAUUCCGCCCGAUUUUAUCGCCGAAGAUACUUCAUCCGAUGUUAUUGUGCCGGAAGGGUCCAGCGUCAAACUAACGUGCAGAGCAAGAGGCUAUCCACAUCCGAAUGUAACUUGGCGGCGUGAAGACAAUGGCGAAAUUACGCUGAAGGAUGGCGGUGGUACCAAACAACUAAGUAUUACAUCAUUCAGCGGUGAAGUGUUGAAAUUGACCAAACUAUCGCGCAGCGAAAUGGGAAGCUACUUGUGUAUCGCUUCCAACGGGGUUCCACCGUCGGUGUCCAAGCGUAUUUCUCUCAGCAUUCAUUUUCAUCCAGUAAUAAAUGUGCGAAAUCAACUCGUUGGAUCACCGUUUGAGAAAGAUGUUACAAUCGAGUGCAAUGUUGAAGCAUCGCCGAAAUCGAUAAAUUACUGGAUCAAAGACGUGAAAGACGGGCUCGUAUCAACAGGUGAAAUGAUUGUAUCAUCGGCCAAAUACAAUGUGCAGGAAACAUCGUUGUCACUCUAUGAAACACGAAUGACGCUCACCAUUCGCAGAUUCCAAAAAGACGACAUCGGUUCGUAUCGAUGCAUCGCAAAGAACUCAUUAGGCGAAGUAGAUAGCAGCAUACGGCUGUAUGAAAUUCCUGAUGCCAAAGGAAGUCACAAUCAUAACCACUACAAUCAUGGUCAUACGUCGAAGCAUAAUCCAAAUGAAGUGUAUAAAUCGCAUAAGCAGCAACAGCAACAGCAACAAUCGCAAUCGUAUUCGAAUCAGCGUACACCAAAGGUGACACAUCCGGCACUGGUAUCAGACGACGAUGAAACCAUAUUUGGUUCGGCGGAAGAUUAUGACGAUUCUGAUUUAUCACCCAACAUAUUUUUGCGGCCAACAAAAACAUCUUCGGAUGGCUUUGGUGCGAAUAAUAACCAUCAUUAUCCAUAUCAGAGUAGUCACGGUAACAAUAACAAUGCACGCUUCAAUAUACCGUUAUUCGGUGGCAGUGGAUCGAAUGGUGCCGCCAGCAAUGUCGGCACCGGCAUCAAUGGCAACGCAUUAAAUGCCAAUAAUGCCAUUGUGACUCGCACGGAAGUUCGUAGCACAGAUAAUGAGGUCUCAUCUGCGACUGCGUCACCGAUUAUCGCCCCAUUUGCUGGCAAGCACAGCAUUAGCAAUAUUUAUUCUAUGCUUUUCGAUUAUAAUUUCAUAUUAUUUGCCAUUAAUUUGCUAAUUUCGGUGUUUACUCCAUUAUUAGCUACAUAAUAAUCGAUUGUUUGGAUACGGUGUUGAAAAAAUAAAAUAAAAAUAAAAUGAAAACACACACAUGAAUUAAUUUAGUAGCUGUCAAUGACUAACGAUAUUUACACCAAACCAAAUCGGAUAUCUGAUCAGUUUCAUUUAUGCCAAUGUAAAUCAAUAUAGUAAUUAUUAAUUAAUUUUCACGCCACCGUUUUUUUUCUCCCUCUCCCUACUUUUACGUUUACUUUAAAUGAUGUGGAAAUGUAUUGGUGAUUGUGAUUCGAUUUCGAUAACGUCAGAUUCGGCAAAUGUAUUUGCUUUCAAUUGAAUGUUUGUUUUAAAUCUGAAUGUUAUUUGUUUAAAAAAAAGAAAGAAAAUAAUUGAACAGGGACAUGUUGAACUGUAGCAAUGAUUUAUUUAUAAUUAAAAAUCCCAGGGUUUUUAAUGUUAUUGGUCGUUUUUGUGCAAUGGCCAAAUUUCAACAUUUUCCGUUUGAUGUUUUCAAAAAAAAAAAAUAGCUCACGAUCAAACACAAUUUGACGUCUUUUGAUAGAAAAAUAAAACUGGCAACGAAAUCUAUUUGAAAUUUUUCUGAACCAAAUAAAAAUGUUUCAACUGAAGCACAACAGCCAAAUUUGAUCCUUGAAUUGAAUGGACGGAAAAAAAAGCGAUUGAAAUGAUGUUCAAUAAAAAUGUGAAAUAAAUGAAAUCGAAAUCAAAAAGGAUUCACAUAACGAUGAAAUUAAUAAUGUUCCGAACGCACAUCGUCAUUGCAUCAAUUUCGAGGUAACUAAUUAAUUUAAUGGACGGUGAUUCGCGGAAAACCGACAACCGAAAAAUGUCCUUCUCGAGUAAACCCACACACACGCACACACGUUGCCACUCGUGAGCUCAUGACUUGUUUUUUCUCCAUACUACAUGACGUGCAUGCGGCCGUGCUCCGAUUUUUCUAUUAAAAUUAUGAUGAUAUGCCGACGGUAAUGAUGCUUGGAAAUGUUAAAAAUGCAAUUCACAAUAUUCGGCAAUUGUAAAUUAUGGUCAACGUUGUGUCAUAUCUGCUGCGUCGUGUGAUUCAAAUGAAAAAUACAACCGACCAACAAAAAAAUAUCGUCGCCAUUAAGUACUGCACUUCGACAGCAUCAUCAUCAUCAUUGUGAAACAUGUUUGUUUUAUGAAUUUGGCUCGAACGGUUUUUUUCUCGCGUUGCGGUUUCCCAGUUUGCACUGGAUAUGCAUCGAUGCACGAAAAAAAGACACGCGUUCUCUUCCAUUUGCCAUAAUUUAUUUUAAAUGAUAACCCGUCGAUUACGGUCUCCAAACCAUUUUAUUUAGUUAAAAUUGUUAUUAGUGACAAUGGGACGAUGGCCAUUUUUUUCUCUCUCUCCACUCGUAGUUGGCUCGCUCAUUCUCUCGUUGCGGUUUGCUUCCUGACCAUUUUUAAUGGAUUUUCAUGUAUGAUGUGUGCUAUCAUUUGCUUCCGUUCGAUAUCGAUGCAGCCCAAUAAAUAACGAAUCACACGCGACAUUCGCAGCCAACCAAAUAACCAAUAAUACGCGAAAAAUCAAUACCAAAAAGUGUGACAAUGUCGAUUCGGUUCAUUUUUCCUGCUAGUGAGUGUGUGUGUGUGCUGUGCGUGUGAGACAAUGUUUACCCGUUUUUUUUUUUGAAUAAACACCCGAAACGGGUAAAUCAUUGAAUCGGCAAUUGCAAGCCAUGCAUUCGAUUUUAAUGAUGGGAAUUCAAUUUACAGGCGAAUAAACAAAUUUGGUCAUUUAUUGUUUUCUCUCCCUCUCUCUUUGCAUCGUUUUCAACAUUUUUGUUUGGUAGUAUUUUUGUCCAGAACUAUGUCAAUGGAACUAUGAGUCAGUCAGUUAGCCAAAAUGUAAAUAGAGUGGAAUUCAACCAAACAGACAAUAAAUAACAAAAUGAGAAAUACUCGUAUGUGGCAGCAAAAUAGAAACACAUUACACAUGUCAGUGAUGUGCAUUGAUGAGCAGGCAAAAGAUGUUUAAUAUUCGGAGCUUAAUCACUGUUUCCAACUAAGCAGAGGCCAAUAUUUGGUCAACACCUAUGUACUUUUUAUUUUGUUUUGUUCUACCUUUUAUCGUCUAUCAAAAUUGAUAGAAGAAAAAUCCUUGGAAACGAUUCGAUGCCUGUUCAUCACUCAAAACUUUCCAUUGAAGCGCUCGAUCGUAGCUUAAAAACAGUUUAAAAUGUAGAACAAAAGAACCCAUAAAAAUGUUGUGCCGUUAAACUGAAUUAUGAAAUGGAUGCAAAAAAACACACAUACAUCAACCCAUAUGUUACAUUAUAACCGCUAAAAUAAUCAACAAUACUAUUACCAAUAUUCUCAUUAAAUCGUGGCUAUUGGAAUUUUUGCCGCUGAAUAAUUUCCAAUCGCAAAAAUAGCAAAAUAAACGGCAUUAUAGAGCAUUGCGACUACAGGAUAAAUGACAAACAGUCGCAUUAUUUAUGCACUUGUAUACUUAAAUUUAGGUAAUUAUUACAGUAUGAGCAUCAUGCGUAUAAAUGUUCCUCGUCUGUUGAAACAUGAAACGGAUCUGUAUGUUUUUGGCAAUAGUAAAGUCAUUACAUUAGUUAAUAUCAGUUGAAAUUCAAUUCUAGUUUGUUUUGACACUUCAAAAUUCAACGACAAAUCGACGAAUUUUUUUUGUGUCUCGCACAUAUAUGCCUUUUUAAUCAUUUUCAGAACAAUUGCAAACGUUUAUUUAGGGAAAAUUUGUUUUUAUUUUUUUUUUGCACAAAGGAAAAUAUUGUAGUCAUUAAAAAUUGAUACACCAAAAAACGGAAUUUCUUACCUUUUUGACACCGAAUGACAUAACAGAGAAGCUAGGGGGAUUUAACUACGUGAAAACUUGUAAAAAAUGAUAUAAACGCGCACGAAAUUGUUACAUUCACCAGAGAACUUGCAUGAUUCCACUCAGUUGACAAGUUCCGUAUUAAAACAACAUGCGCGAACUUGUGCGAGUUCGUGUGCAAACAUGAAGCUGGACGACGCGCACACAUCAGUCGUUCCAUUUAUUAUAUCCAUCUGGAUUAACUUUUUCUUCCAACACUUUCUCCAGCUCUUUAAAAAUAUUUCCUUUGUCCAUUUUAUAAUUAUAUAAAUCUUUGAACUUUUGGAAAAUCUUUAUACACGUAAACAACCGAUUUUUAGUUUGAAACGCGUUUUAGUUGUCAAAUAACAACUUGAAAAACGCGCAAAACCAUAAACAAACUUGUGUAAACUUGUGACCGUGCGCGUCAGUACGUACAACGAACGCGUCGAACUUCCGCGAAUCAAGCAAACUGGCAGAAAACAUGCUGAACUCGUAAGAGUUAAAUUCCCCUAGCAGAGAAGCUUCUAGACUAGUUUUACUACAGGAAUUUUCUUAGUUAGUGAAUAUUUAAAAACCAAAAUAGUUUGUUGGAAAGAUGAACAGCAACAUUUUAUUUUUCAAGAACGGAAUUUUUUUCGAACAAAAUUGAUACAUUUUUCUUUCCAACUACUUUACAUUUCAUCUCGCCAGUACCAAUUUAUUUCAUCAUUAUAAUCAUCAAAAUCGUCAUAAUCGUCAUAAGGAUGAAAGUCGUCGACAAAUAAAUUGUUGAUUUUCAUUUAAAACUUGGCAUGGAACGUUCACCCGACUCACAUCACUACAAUUUUUCAUUAUAAGACGUAAUUUUUUUGGUCGAUUUUGAACUGAUUUUAACAUAGCCUUGUAAUCAUCUACGUCGAUAGCACUGAUUAAGUCUGUUCCCAUUAACCCGAGAAGCGAUAGAUUCUUCGCAUGUGAUAUCACUUUCUUCAAAGCAAUGGUGGAUAAUGAUAUAGGUAUCUCAAAUAAGGCAAAUUCCUCCAUUCGUGGCAAUUGUUUUGCUAGUUCAAUCACAUGUUCAUCGACCAAGUCAUCCACGUUCAAAAGUUCUAAAGUCGUCAUUGCUUUCAGUUGUGAAAUGUGAUCAAUUGCUUCAACAUCGAUUUUUCCGUUAGAAAGCUUCAAGUAUUGAAUUGGGACGUUAUUCCUUACUAGAGCCGCCAUUAGUGGUGCUAUCCAUUUUGAUUGGAAAUUCAUUUUAAGCACCUUCAAUUGACGCAACCCACCAAGAUACCGAAUAUUAUCCUGGAACUCAUUAGAGUCCAUACAAUCGAGUUCGAAUUCCAAUAAAUUGGGCAAAUUUUCUCCAACUAUACGACACACCUCCGAGGCCUCAAUAUCUCCAUCUUUGAGGGACAUUAUGGUUAUUGUUGGAUUCAAAAUGAUGAAACUGCUCAAAUAAUCAAGAUUAAACCCAUUAUUUACGGUCAAAUGGAUUUCCUCUAGCUUCAGAAACUUCCGUUUGAUACACUCCCAAUCAUAGACCUGACAAUUGUGGACAACCAUUCUGUUCAACUCAUUGCAGGUUGACAAUAAACUCUUCAAACUGUUCGCAUCAUCGUAGAAAUAGCCAGAUUCCAAUGUGAGUUUUUCAAGCUUUGCAACAAUUGGAUAGAUUUCAUUGGGUAAGCUUCUAGGUAUUGAAAAUUGUUUAAAUUUGAGCUCGGUCAAAGUACAGAUAAACCUAAGCACUAGCAAUCUGUGCCAUUUUUCAUAAGGCGUCUCCACUCGCAUUGAGUUUGUAUUGUGAAUGUUAAGGUGCGUGCAACGCCCUUCAAUGUAAAAAACAAUACAAGUGGAGAUGAUACACGGGAUUUAUCUGUACUUUGAUGUACAGUAUUGACCGAUCAUACGUAGAAAAUUAUGGCUAUGUUCACCGGAGUACAUCAUUUCCACAAUUAAUCCGUUAACUUCAAGCGAAUGAAUUGAUGAGCCAAAAUUGCUUAAAAUAUGUUUUGUUUCUGAUUCAAAAAGUGAAAGAGGUGAAUCUGAAAACAAAUCACAUUCGAGUGUUUCGAAAUCAAGUUUCAACUGUUUGAAGUUGGCAGCGAACGCCUCCUUUGCUAUCUGAUUGAAGCGGACGCAGACUUCGGCGGCACGAGAAAGAACGAGCAACUUCAAGCGUAGAAAGACUUCUCGUAAACAAUCGUCGUUGAGGGCGAUAAGAAUAUGCGAUAGAGUGUCCUGCUAUGGAGGCAACAUCCAAUUUUCUGGCUUAAAAUCUGGCUGAUGAUGAUCAUCCGCUGCACUGACCCUCAAAGAAUAAUUCAAAAUACAAUGCCUUUCUUGUGACAGAACUUCUUCUGCCUCUAUGAAUUGAACAAAACCAUACUCGUUCCCAUCUUCGAGAUGAAAUUGCAAAAAAUCCACUUCUCCAAAUUGUGUGAAAUAUCCACGGAUCUCUUUAGUCAUCUGGGAAAUCUUCAAUUGAUCUAAUUGAGUAAUAAAUCGAAGGAAAAAAAAUACAAAAGAAAUACUCACGGAUGGUAUUAUUGGUGCAAAGUGCAAAGUACGAACAGGGAUGGCCAUUUCAAAUCCUUUUUUCUCUUGAAAAUGAGUGCGAACGGUGCGAGUUUUUCACUUGGUUUGCUAUAAGAUUGAAUUUUUCGUUAUACUGACAAGAUGUGGAUUGCAACAAUGGCUUCUUGAUGAGUGACCAAUUUUGAAAUCUAACUUCACGAAAAAAUCGAACGAAACUAAAUGACUGCUAUGCACCACAAUGACAUAAAUCGUAUGGUUGCUGUCAACUGUAUGACUCUAUGAAACGUAUUUAUGCACAAAGUAAUCGUUCCAUCUAUUUUUAAUCGUACUGCGAUAAAAGCCUAUAUAAACAAUGUUAUUAUAUUUGACAAUAUUUGACUCGAUGUCAAUGACGAUGUGGCAGCGCCACCUAUAGAGAUUCCUUAUUAAAAUAAGUGGAACUAUUGAGUGCGUGCACCAUAUCGCACGUAAAUUUUCAAUACGGCGGCGCCCAUAGAAUUGAAAAGUUAACCGAUUUCGUAGUCGCAAAUUAUCGCUGUAAGUUUUUAAUACCCACUUCUGAAUUGUGAGAAAUGUAAUCGUAAAACCAAUAAUGCGUUUGUUGAUAUGUGAAACCUUUGGACUUAAUUCGAAUAUGUGAUAUUUGUUACAUAUUUCAGCGGCAGUACAAGAAACGCAAUCUAAUCACACAUUGCUUCAGUUACAUUGAAUCUAUUUCAACCCAUCGUCAAUCUAAAUUAACUGAAAAUGAUGUAGUAAAAGAGGCGAUAUGGUCAUGGUCAUUCUAAAAUAUGUCCAAAGGUUAGUUAGAAACCAGACUAGAAACGACACAAACGCCUUCAAUUCAAUAGUCAACUCAAUGAAAUGUCUAAUUUUUUUUAAACUUCUAAACAAAUAACAUUCAUGCGGCUACCACCCUAUGCUUUCAUCAUUAUUUUAUCAACCUGUGCAUCGUGUGAAAUAUUCAUGAAAACAAAAAUCUAUCCUAACAUAUUGGGAGUGAGUGUCUCUUUUUCCUUUCAUCGUCAUUACAAUCAAAAAAUGGAACAUUGUGUUGUGCACAAAUCAAUUAUUUAGACACCGCAACUCCGCCAUCGAUGUUCAUUUCAAGCCUCCCCGAGAGCUUGGAAUGAUUAUUGACAAACUGGAAAUUAUCUAGUAAAAAGUGACGAUGCGGAUCAAUUGCCAUCUCAAUAUAUUUCCAAAUUUUGGUCGUAUUUUCGGUGUGCACUUUCUUAUACACAAUCCUUUCACUGUAUACCAAAGGAACUAGGCACAAUAUUAUAACAAACCAACAGCCAAACGAACCGUACACGUUCUCCAGUUUCAUUUCCAUGUACUCAGUAAAAGACCCAAAAUUCAGUCCCUUCAGCCAACUAACGAAGGGACCACCACUGUUCGCACGCUGAAUGAAAAUAUUCAACUCAUUAAAGCGCGAGAAGUUUUUCGAUGCCAAGAUCUUUAGCGAAUAAUCAUAAAUGCUCUUGAAAUGAUGGAAACAAUGAAGUUUCAAUCCAGAGUUCAUUUGAAUUUUUCGCACUCUUUCGUAUGAAGUUGCAAUAGCAAGUUUAUCAUUCCAUUCAAGUAGACGCAGGUAUUCAUUUGGAUUUUUUACGAUUUUAAAUUGGCGCAGUCUUUCUCCAGGAUAUAACUUCACGUCGUUUUGUUGGUGUAUUUUCAUAAACGCAAAUCGAUCGCCCAUCAGUCGAAAAUCGCCGCGAAUAAUUUCGUCAACGGAAUCAAUUUGUGUGUUCAAAAUUGGUGUGGUGACGAACUUGAGAGAAAUUGAACCAGUUGUAUUAGCAAAUAUAGUGUCCGCAAAAAACAUAAAGACGAGAAAUAUACGCGUUGGAAUACUUUGGGCAUUGUAAUUCAUUGUCAUGCCACAAGCAACACAGAUUACAUUUAUCCAUAUUUCUGUUCAAUCUCAUUUUUCAUAUUCCAGCUACUGCAGGAAGUACGCCGUGCAAAUGAGCACAAUCGCCGUAAUUGAUCCACUCAAGAAAACAAUAUUAUCGGUACAAAAAUAGAAGGAGUUUUUUCACAAUGGAAUCCGUUUGCUCUUCUGAACACACCAAGUUAUCCGGUCGUGAUAAUAAGAUUGAGACGCAAUUAAAUGCUUAUUCGUUAUUAGUGUUUCAUCCAGUGCACCAAUGAAAAGGUCAACUUUACUAUGGAAAAGAAAUCAACAUAAUGUGACAUACCUUUCGGGAAGGACAUGGAUAUUUUUCUUCUUAAAAAUAUCCUUUUCUCAUUAUUAUUACUUACGAAUCUUUCAUCAAUUCCAAAAAAUUGGUCAAACUCGCUUCUGAUCUAAAGACUUCAUUUAAUGUUUCAUUCGUAACUAUAUAUUCAACUUGGAAAUUGGCUUGUUUCGCAAAGUUUUCAAUUAUUUUUACAUCCAGGUCGUUGAGUAUUCGUUUUGCACUAUCAAUAGAAACAAACGGUUCCAUCUGCGACACCAUUACAUUGAUGUUUUGCAUCGAUUUUACACCGAAUGGCAACAAAAUUAAACCCAACCACAAAUAACUUGCUUCAACCAUUUUUCCUACUUAACGAAAAAGCAAAUAAUGUUAAAUGAAUUUUAUUUUAUCUUAUGCAUGAUAUUUGGAGGCAACCAAAUCGUGAACGAUUCGAUAAAAUCAAUUGUAUGAAGUCUUUCGAUCUAUUUGUGUAGAUAAUGUUUAUUAUCUGUUUGAUGAAUCAAAAAUGACCGAAAUUACGCAAUCCCACUGGACAAAAUAAAAAAUUCGUUGAAAUUACUUGGGGAUUUCCGUUGUUUGCAGAAUAUUUUUUCUCUUGGUCAAAUAUAUAAAUUGACCAAUGAUUUCUGAUGUUAGUGAAAUUUCUUUCUAUUUCAUUUUAUCAAUCGGUUGUAUUUGAAUAAAAUAAAUGAACACAAUCACGGCUAUUGAAAUCUUUGUACAACAUUUUCAACUGGAGUACAGAAAAUGCGUGUCUACAGGUCCAUUCAGCAAUAAUAACAUGAUUUUCAUGAGUUUCUAUGCAUUUUUUUUAAAUGAACUACAACGAGUUUUGACUUUUUGAAGAUUGUUUUCCAUGAAAAACCAUAAAAGUAUAACUAAUCUUCACUAUUCGAAACUUUGAAAUUCGGAGGCUUUCCUGUAACUAUUUCCAAGCAGUUCAUCAUAGUCGCUUUUAUUCUAUAGAAGCUUAUAAGCGAAUUCAACUGAUAGCACUGUUUGUUUUGAUAUCAAAUGGCUUACAAAUGGUGCUCAAUAAGUACAUAAUCGUAGGAAAUAGAACGGAAAAAAUCGACCGAAAUACAUGGAAAACAUGUAGAAUAUGACCUCAAAAACGCAAAGAAAACUCGUUUUUUCGUGCAUCGAUUUUUUUAUGAUUACGAUAAAAACUUUCCUCCCUCUUUGUGUAUGCAGAAAGGUAAAAAAUAUAAUUGAAAAGGAAGUAGUUACGAAGAAAUUGAAAUGAAUGGAACUGCUUAUUGUUAUAAUUAACGAAUGUAAGCGGUGUGAAUGAAAGUGAAAAGAGCAAAAUAAAGUUUUUCAUAAGUUAUUCUGUUACCAAUAAUUUUUUUUCUCUAUCAUUGAAUGAAGGAUGAUUCAUUAGCAAAAUUAGUUCACAGAAUAAGUGCGCGUGAGAGAGACGGAGUAGUCAAAGUUAUAUUAUUAAGGAUAUCUAGUGAUAAAUGAAAUUGAUUUAAGAAAUUGAAAAGUGUACAAACAUAAGAUGUAAUCCCACUCAAUCUAUUCUGUAUAUUGGUAUUUAAAAUGUAACAAGGCAUUGUCGCUGGACAAAGCAAAUAUUUUUAAUGAAGCAAAGCAUAUUAUUGUACUAGACGCUGAUACUGAUACUGAGCGAGACAAAGGGAGAUAGAUGAAUGGAAUUGUAUAUAUGCAAAUGUUUAUGUCAAAACGGAAAUAAGAGCCAAUAAAACAAUUAUAAAAAUAAUAUAUGAUUCACAAGUACCAACAAACAUGUAAUGUAUUGCGAUUUGCUGAAUAUACGAAAUGCAAUAAAAUUGGAAAUGAAAGUAUUAUUAUCAAAA